AUGACCACGACUGGUCCAAACAACGUCCACCUCACCCUUCAGCGACUGCACGACCAAGCACCUUUGGCAGCCUAUCCCGACGGCUUUGCAGAGUCAACCGAUCACCUCGUCCACUCCCCGUGGGAUGCUACCUCGUCUCUUCUCCUCAUCUGUGCUUCCACGGGCAAACUCACCCAUGCACCUCCGGGAGACUCCACCACCUGGUCACCUGGCUGCCUCGGUCAGCCCGGCACGACCGCCACCAUUUCUUCCUCAAACCCACCAGACUCCUCCGCUUCAAUCCCCCUCCGGUCCUUCACCCCUAAUUCCCGGCCCUCCUCUGAAUUCUCAUCCUCGCUACUCGACGACUCUCGCGAGAAACAGGGCGCCCGGAGGUCUCCUUCGUCCUCUCCACCACCACCUUCCACCCCUUCAGAAUCAACCUUUUCAGUCUGGUCCGAUACUGGUGAUCUAGCGGAGCAACUCGCCAGCGAAGAAGAUCCCCUACAUAUCCAGCUUCGAAAAUCCCUCGAUCAACAAGCAUUCAGUCGAACUGGCGCGCGUUCGAAACGUUCUCGGUCUAGAAGAGUUCACUACUCGGAGCAAGAGGAGGAGCGGGACGUCCUUGGCGACAGCGGAAUUUCUAAGGAGGCUAUUCGCGUCCCGGAACCUCCCCCCCGGAAACCAUCCCGAGUCGAAACGAUUCUAGCUUCCAUCAUGUCGCCGGGAAACAGGCGGACAGCCCAAAUGCAUGGGCUGGUGGGCAAGCCUCUCUUAUAUUUCACAAGUGUUUUUGUAUCAUUAGGUGUUUUCUUAUUCGGCUAUGACCAAGGCGUUAUGUCGGGCAUUAUCACAGGCCCAUUCUUCAAGGACUACUUUAACCAACCGACGCGGGCGGAGAUUGGGACUAUGGUCGCUAUCCUAGAAGUCGGAGCUUUCAUUUCGUCGCUUUGUGUUGGAAAAGUCGGUGACAUCAUAGGCCGAAGGAAAACUAUUCUUUACGGGUCUAUUGUCUUUUUCAUCGGUGGUGCUUUUCAGACCUUUGCUACAGGAAUCCCAAUGAUGUUGGUCGGCCGUAUCGUGGCUGGUCUUGGGGUUGGAGCACUGUCCACUAUUGUUCCCGUUUACCAAUCCGAGAUCUCACCUCCUCACAACCGUGGACAGCUCGCCUGCAUCGAAUUCACGGGAAAUAUCUGCGGCUAUGCUGCUAGCGUUUGGGUAGAUUACUUUUGCAGUUUUAUCAAUAGCCACUAUUCUUGGCGGAUUCCGUUAUUCCUUCAAUGCGUGAUGGGAACUCUUCUCGGAGUUGGUAGUCUUAUUAUUUGUGAAUCGCCUCGAUGGCUCUUAGACAAUGAUCAUGAUGAAGAAGGAAUGGUUGUGAUUGCCAACCUGUAUGGAGGAGGUGAUAUCCACAACGACAAAGCUCGCCAGGAAUAUCGCGACAUCAAAAUGGAUGUUUUGAUUCAGCGUCAAGAAGGCGAGCGGAGCUAUGCGGAUAUGUUCCGUCGUUAUUAUAAGCGUGUUUUCAUUGCGAUGUCGGCUCAGGCUUUCGCACAGCUAAACGGUAUCAACGUUAUUUCGUACUAUGCGCCGCUUGUAUUCGAAUCUGCCGGCUGGGUCGGUCGAAAUGCCAUCUUGAUGACUGGCAUAAACGCAAUUUCUUAUCUAGGCUCGACCAUCCCCCCGUGGUACUUGGUAGAUCGCUGGGGAAGGCGCCCGAUAUUAUUAUCUGGUGCCGUCGCAAUGAUCAUUUCGCUCAGUCUCAUUGCCUACUGGAUCUACCUUGAUAUCCCAGCGACGCCAACCUUGACCGUUGUUUUUGUUAUGAUAUAUAACGCCGCCUUUGGAGCUUCCUGGGGACCCAUUCCAUGGCUUUAUCCUCCAGAGAUCCUACCACUAAGUAUUCGUGCUAAAGGUGCAAGUUUGAGUACGGCAGCUAACUGGGCAUUCAACUGGCUCGUCGGGGAGCUCACGCCUGUUUUGCAAGAGGUGAUCCAGUGGCGACUUUAUUUGAUGCACGCCUUCUUUUGCGCUACCAGUUUUGUUGUUGUCUAUUUCCUUUACCCGGAGACAAGUGGUGUCCGUCUGGAAGAUAUGGAUGUCCUGUUUGGAGAUGCCACUACAGCAAUGCCAACCCCUGUUACUCCAGCUGAGCGCAAUGCUCUGAUGGGACCUGGAUCUCCUGUGCCGUCUCUUGAUAUCCGACGUGGUCCAGAUGGCCGUCUUCCCCCCGAAUACGACAUCCCUGGCCUUAACAUUGAACCCCCCACCCCUAGUGCUAAAACUGGAAGAUCCGUGGAAGAAACGGGUAGUAGGGAAGGAAUUGGAGGAUGGAUAUCCAAUAUGGUCAGACGUGGAAGGCAAGGAAAGAAAGACAACGACGAUCAAGGCGAGUAUCGGAGAGUUGGUCAGGAUGAAGAAGGCUGAGCUUUCUCGCCUUGAUGUUGAAUGCGUGUUCCCGGCACAUACAUAUGGAGGCCGGAGAUCUACACCGCAAGCGGAUGUAGGUUCUAUGAAAAAGAAUUCCGAUUCCUCUCUCGAUGAGCUGUGUUGUGGUUCGCUCACGUGGGAUUCAGAGACUUUUAACAUUUCGCUUUUGUCCUCUUGCUUUCUGGGACGAGGUCUGAUAUGAGAGAUGGUAUAAUACUAGACUGCUAUUUUGGCGUUUCAGAUCGGUGUCUUUGAGACAGCGUGCCAAUCCACCUGGCAGCAAAGGAUUUCCUAAUUUCGAGAUUAUUCAUCUCUUUGCAAUUCAUUUCUUCUACUUUGCUUGUUUAUUGUUCUCUUCAUUGCCACUUUCUUUUUCUUUUCUCUUUCUUUACUCUUGACAAUUCUCUCCCAGGUCCUAGUGGGUUUUGGUGGGGUGGAAUGGCGAUACAAUUGCCUAGACAUGGUGAAUCCGCAUAGAUUUAAACUUACAACUGAUUUAUAUUAAUGAUUU